AUGACCCCCAAUCCCCAGAUAGAAGAGUCACAGAAUGUGUCAAGGUCAAGCUUAGGUUCCUCUGUUGUACGUACAAGCAGCCACUCUGAAAACAACGAGAUUCGCAAUACAAACACCCCGGUACGAUCAGAUCCACCUACCGCUGUUCCGCACGAAUCAGUCCCAGAACCAGCAAAGGAGCGGCUUGUUGUACCAGGAACAGAGGAAGAUGAUCAACACCCAGAAACAACAUCAGGGGAAUCAGGAUUAAGCUCGCUCCUAAAAUCUUUUGUUUGGGAGAUCCUGGCUAUUCUGUUGGCCCUGGGCCUAUUGAUCGCGAUUGCGGUACUCUUGGGACGUUUCAAUCAUCAGGCCCAGCCCACUUGGAAAUAUGUCUCGCUCAACUCGGCCGUAGCGUGGUUGAGCACUAUAUCGAAGGGCUGUGUGCUGUUUGCCGCGAGUGAAGGUCUGGGUCAAUUGAAAUGGCAAUGGUUCACCGAGCAGAAGCGACCGAUUUCCGAUCUGCGUACUUUUGAUGGAGCGAGUCGGGGACUAUAUGGUAGCGGGGAGCUCAUAUGGAGUCUGCGAAUGAAACAUUUUGCAGUUCUUGGGAGCUUUGCGGUCAUUCUCGGUGUCGCCUUCCAACCAUUCACUCAAAAUCUUAUCCACUAUUACCCUCAACUCGUCACCGAUGCCUCACAGAAAGCAAUUCUGGCAAAUAGUCGUAUUUACGAUGAACAGGGCUUACCGUGGAACAAUGGUGAAUUCUUCUAUCUCAAUCCAUCCUUAAAAGCGAACAUCUACAAUUCGCUGUUUAACAGUGAUCCAUCAAGGCCCUGGGCUAUCCCCAGGUAUGCUUGCAGUACGGGCAACUGUACUUGGGAUCCGAUUGCUACACUGGAAAUGCAAGCCAACUGCAAAAAUAUCACAGAUCACCUCCAAGUUCGAUGCAUCCAAACAAAUGCCUCAUCCACUGCUAUCUCCGAGAAAUUCAAUUGCUCAAUGUCUCUUCCAGGUGGCCCGUUGUGGAAAACCUACGGGAACAUUUCUGUGGACUUUUUUUUCAACACAUCCUAUGGCACACCAGUUGGGAUAGGAGCCGGCAAUCCCAUUUUUUAUACGGAUGAGGGUCUUCGUCCCAUUCAACUCAUUGGCCCCGAGAAACUUAUUGAAGCGGGUAUAUUCAAUCAUGAGUCCAAAUGGCAAGCGAUAGAAUGCGCUCUCAAACCCAUUGUCCGAAGUUUCCGAGCAGAAGUCAUCGAAGGGACCUAUCAGGAAGAAACAAUAGGCCUCUGGACGAAUGGCUCUAUAACAUCCGACCCUGAUGAGAUUCCCGGAUACUAUGUACGGCCUACAUGGGGGCCAGACAUGGGAGCGGAUCCCAAAAAGCCCUUCUACAUCACAAGUCAGACAAUUCUAACUAUAGAGAUCUUCUUAAAGGACUUUUUCGGGGGUCAUGCGAGAGUCAGUGACAACAGUGUUCGAUUUAUUCCACAAGGCGACACGCUAUAUGCUGGUACCGACCUUGUGCAGGCCAUCUCAUAUGGCAACCUCACAGGCUGUGAAUCCAAGAAUGUCGAAAAAUUACGCUGCGCUAUGGAGAAUGUUGCUAAAGCGAUGUCAAAGACCUUUCGGGACAAUUCUUUCAUGCCGGAUAUACCCCAAGAGAACCCAGCAUCGCUGGGUCAUGCAAAGUCAAAUAUGACAUACGUUGCUAUACAUUGGCAAUGGAUCAUUUUGCCUGCUCUGGUAUGGCUUCUGGGUGCGAUAACAUUGUUGGGCAGUAUGUGGAAGAGCCGAAAGGCAAUGACUCCGAUUUGGAAAAAUGAUCCCAUGCCGUUGUUAUUCCUUUACGAAACUGGCCAGGAUGAGAAUCUUCUAGGUCAUGGGAUACCGCGAAAUAGCUCAAAGGUCAUGUUAUAUCGAAGUGAGGGAAAAAUGGUGCUAGAUCAAUAG